GUGCCUUGAGGCCACCUUCAAUUCAUCUCUGACACAUGGAGGCGAAACAGCUAAAUGGUCCAUAAUCUUCAUUCGUGACUGAAAUUCUCGUCACCAGGAGGUGUCUGCAUACAACUAUGCACACAGACUGACAACAGAUGAUUUUGAAGUCUACUUCAGUGGGAAGAAGAGACUUUUCCCUUGGAACACUGAUCUAAGCUUUUACAACUGGGAUAGAAAUGUCAGCACUUCAAAUUCCAGCCCAAAUUACCAAGUGAUUGCAGAAAAUGCCUGUGGACUACUCUUCAAGAGCAAAAUUGAUGGGAAAAUAAUAAAUGUGGAUCCCAAGGCCUACCCAGGAGACAACACAACACGAACGCCUAUUGAAACAGAUCUCUAUCUCCAUGUUGUUAUCUAUGACCAUAUCAUCAAAAGAGGGACCUAA